UCGGAUUCAUUCACUCCAAGGGAUGUGUGUGUGUGUGAGUGAGUGCGAGCGAGUGGUUUUCCUUCCUGGCUGCUGGCUGCGAUCCUUCCAAGCUAUGGGACUAAGAGUUUUCUCCGGGCGAUGAGUGUCGGACUGGGGCAGAGAGUGCUUUCCUUCUCUCUGGAAGAAAACAAGCCGUGAGGAUACCUAAGGAUGUGCUGCCCAGAUGUGCUUCCUACCUCCGCCUUUCUCAUAGGACUAAUGUGCUUGACAGCUUGCAGCAACUUUGCUAGGACUUCGGCAGACUUCUCAGGUUACAUAUCACAAGUACUAAAGAAUUACACUGACCAUGCCUGUGAUGGAGAAUACAUCUCCCUGAGGUGUCCUCACAGAACCACCAUCAGCAUCCAGUCUUCUUUUUAUGGCCGAAUUGUACCAAGUCAUCAGAUGUGUCCCUCUCGCUAUCCCCACUCUUAUGCAACUUUAAUUAAGGAAGACGUUGACUGUUCAGUUGGCACUUCCCUUCAGAAGAUGCUGGACGAGUGCCAGGACAGACGGAGCUGCCAGUUCCUUGUCAAUAGCCGGCUGUUUGGCGCAGAUCCGUGCCCUGGAACCGGCAAAUACCUCCUCGUGUGGUACAAGUGCAGGCCAAAUGAGUACAAGAGUAAAGUAGCCUGUGAAGACGACAAGCUGCGGCUGAGCUGUAAGAAGAGCAUGGUGAUAGCCAUUUACUCUGCUGUCUUUGGAAGGACACAAGGAGGCAGCCUGGAGUGCCCAUACCAAAACCUAGGGAUGCCCAUGAUUGAGUGUCAGUCAGCUACUGCUCUCCAACUCAUGAUCAAGCGCUGUCAUGGGAAAAGAAGUUGUAGCAUAUAUGCCAGCACCUAUGAAUUUGGAGAUCCUUGUUACCCUGGCAUCCGAAAGCAUCUCAAUGUCAUCUACACUUGUGUUCCCAGGAAGCUUCUGCAUGAAACCCAGCCAGGACCGACCAAUUACCAAGGAUUUCAGAAGCCACAUUUUCCACUGCGGCCAAGGGUGUUUGAUCCCAAUGUUAUAGAGGACGGUGUGUUCCUUUCUGAUGUCUCUCCUUCCAAUAUAGGACGUGCUCUCCCAGGUUUUCAGGGAAUGGAGACAGAUCAGGUGAGCACAGACCGUCUCAUGUUGUGGCUGCGGUCAGAGAGCCUUUGGUUGUAUGGCACUGGUGGUAUUGUAGGAGAUGGACCCUUCAGUUUCCUGAAUUUAAUACCUGCAGAGAAGAAGAAAGGGAGAUCGGCCACGUUCUACCCUCUGGACAACACCCCCUUCCUGCUUCCUGUGGAUGAGACACAACCGCCAGUGUUCACCAGCAGCAUGGAGCCCGUGGGCGUUAGCACAGAGAUGGCACUGCUCAGCAACAUCCUAGCAGCGUACGCCUUCAUCACAGAAAACCCUGAGCGGGCUGCUCUGUAUUUUGUCUCCGGAGUGUGCAUUGGACUCGUCUUGACACUGCUGGCCUUGGUGCUCAGGGUGUCCUGCCGAACAGACUGCAAACGCUCCUCCGCCAAAAAACCUCCUCGGGAGCGGGAGAGCGACAGCGACAGCAGCGACAGUGACGACGAUUCGGACACCACUUCUGACCUGUCGGCCCGUAGGCACCGCAGGUUCGAGAGGACUUUGAACAUGAACGUCUUCACGUCGGCGGAGGAGCUGGAGCGAGCUCAGAGGCUGGAGGAGCGGGAGCGCAUCAUCCGGGAGAUCUGGAUGAACGGCCAGCCGGACAUCCCAGGGACCAGGAGCCUCAACCGUUACUACUAGGUGGUGGGGAGCCCAACCAUCCCACACUGCUCCUCCACACCUGGUAGAGGAGAGGGAGGGGAGCAGUAUCACCUGGAUGUCUCCCCUUUUCUUUCCAGGAGUACUAGCUGGAGCAGUGUGGAUGGACAGCAAUAAAGCUUUCCCCCUCUCCUUUUCCCUGACAUAUUGCUAUCACCCCUCUUCACAGACACUUUCUGGUUACAGCAGAGGUGGUUGCCAACUUCGUUUCUUAGUAGCCAUCAGGAAGCCGGCAAUUAGAGUCCUCCCAUGUGGGGCAUGGAGCUUGGCAUGCCGCUGUACAAGUGCUCCCCUCUUGGCUGGGGAGAGGAGUCAUCUAGGUUUUGGUUUUCAUUUAGGAUUUUGGGGUUUCUCUUUCCUGAGGACUUUGGGAGAAUUGUGAACGAAACUACAGGUCUGGAAAGAUGAUUUGGGAAGGGAGGGGGAGGUACAUCCUGACUGAUUGUCUUGUGACUUCAGAAGCCAUGAGAUUAACUUAAUUUAAACCCAACGGCAAAUAUGACUUGUUAAGAAC